GAUUCUACAAUUCUUAUUCUUUUGCAUCGUUUUUUUUGCAGGGGGUGGGGCUUAGGUUUUUCUCCCCCUCCCCCCAUCCCAAGACCGGGUUGAACCCCACCUCUGGGCGCUGCUGGGAGAAGCUUCCCAGGAAAUUCUGUGGUAAAGAGAGGGGUGGCUGCUUCCUGGAGGGGGAGCCGCUACAGGGAAGAUGGGGGGAGGAGAAACGGAAAGGGGCCUCGGAGGCCAGUUUUAUGUUGCCUUUUUAACUGGGAGAGAGCUCCAUCGAGGGGGCUGCGAAAGAGAGGGUGGGGUGUCUGAGCUGCAGCCGAGCUGGCCAGUCGUUCUGGCCCUGGUGGGUUUGUGCUCACCUCCCUCCAUCUCUCCCUGCUCCUGGCCUCCCCCGAUUGCCCCCGUGAGGUUCUCUUGCCCAGUGUGGGAAACGGCGAUUUCCAGGCUGCAUUGGCACGAGGGGCGGUGGCGCUGAGGGACGUGUUGGUCUCAGGAGGGCCUGGAAUCUCCGCCAAGGCCAGCCGAGGGCAAGGAGACGGCUAGAGUGACAUAAAAAGAACAAUUCACAGAGAAAUGUUCGCUCUCUUCCUUCGGAGACAUUUCUGUAAUUAAAGGGGUGUGGGUGAAGGAACCCAAAGCGAGGGAGACUCCUCCCCAGGAAGCUAGCUGAAGACUACUCAGGUCUCUUGCCAGCCCUGCCGCCCGAGGGAGCCUCAUCUGCAGGGAGUUUUGUGGUUUUAAUCCGCAAAUCUCCGUAGACCGUCUGUUGGGGGAAAAAAGUGUUAGCCGCCUCUCCCGGAUCUGCAAGGGGGAAAAUUUUUGGAACCAUAAAGUUGAAAACUUUUUUCUCUCAGUUUGGAAGAAGCCUUUCGUCAUGAAUGGGACCAGCAGAACUCAGGCGCUCAGGCGAGAGUGGGCAAGAGGCACGGAAGGAGGGGAGAUUUCUCGCCUGCCGCUCGCGCUGAGGCUCGAUGUGAAUAUAUAUUAUGUCUGCCUGUUCUCCCCUCGUCGGUGGCUAAGGUCAGCCGCUUGGAACAGACCCGGGAGGAGGGGGGCAGAAAGGGGAGGGGGGUCCGGCGUAUCACGUGACCCCCAGGGGUGCCAAUGUCCGGUCGUGAGGGUAUCAGGCCCUUGCAAGUUGCCACCCACUGCCCGGGCCUCGCCCAGCGAUGCAGAAAGCUACCUACUACGACAACACCGCAGCUGCGCUCUUCGGAGGCUACUCCUCGUACCCUGGCAGCAAUGGUUUCGGCUACGACGGGCCUCCCCAGCCCCCCUUUCAGGCCGCUACGCACCUGGAGGGUGAUUACCAGCGCUCAGCGUGUUCCCUGCAGUCCCUGGGCAAUGCCGCCCCACAUGCCAAGAGCAAGGAGCUCAACGGCAGCUGCAUGAGGCCUGGCCUGGCCCCAGAGCCCCUGCCCGCCCCGCCGGGCUCACCCCCACCCAGCGCCGCACCUUCCAGUACCACUAGCAACAGCAAUAAUGGGGGCGGGCCUAGCAAAAGCGGCCCCCCCAAGUGCGGUCCCGGCUCCAACUCUACCCUCACCAAACAGAUAUUCCCCUGGAUGAAAGAGUCGAGGCAAACGUCCAAGCUGAAAAACAGCUCCCCCGGCACAGCAGAAGGUUGUGGUGGCGGUGGCGGCGGCGGCAGCGGCGGCAGUAGCAGCGGCGGGGGCGGCAGUGGAGGCGGGGGAGGGGACAAGAGCCCCCCGGGGUCGGCGGCGUCCAAGCGGGCGCGGACGGCGUACACAAGCGCGCAGCUGGUUGAGCUGGAGAAAGAGUUCCACUUCAACCGCUAUUUGUGCCGGCCGCGCCGCGUGGAGAUGGCCAAUCUGCUGAACCUCAGCGAGCGCCAGAUCAAGAUCUGGUUCCAGAACCGCCGCAUGAAAUACAAGAAAGACCAGAAGGCCAAAGGGCUGGCCUCGUCGUCCGGGGGUCCCUCUCCGGCCGGCAGCCCCCCGCAGCCCAUGCAGUCCACGGCCGGCUUCAUGAACGCCUUACACUCCAUGACCCCCAGCUAUGACAGCCCGUCCCCGCCAGCCUUCGGCAAAGGCCACCAGAAUGCCUACGCGCUGCCCCCCAACUACCAGCCCCCUCUCAAGGGUUGCGGCGCCCCACAGAAGUACCCUCCGACCCCGGCGCCCGAGUAUGAGCCCCACGUCCUCCAAGCCAACGGGGGCGCCUACGGGACGCCCACCAUGCAGGGCAGCCCGGUGUACGUGGGAGGGGGUGGCUACGCGGAUCCGCUGCCGCCCCCUGCUGGCCCCUCCCUCUACGGCCUCAAUCACCUUUCCCACCACCCCUCGGGGAACCUGGACUACAACGGGGCGCCCCCUAUGGCCCCCAGCCAGCAUCACGGACCCUGUGAUCCUCACCCCACCUACACAGACCUCUCCUCUCACCACGCACCGCCUCAGGGUAGAAUCCAAGAAGCACCCAAACUGACACACCUGUGAUGUGAGGGGAGGGUUGGUGGGGGGGUCAAGAUCAAGGGCCAGAGAGGUGGUGGAG